CCCGGCACCGACAGGACUUUCUAUCUCCUGUAUGACUUUCUCUAGAGCGACCAGCAGACCACCAUGGAUCUGUUUAAGAGCCGCUUUUUGGGGAUUGGCGUGGCCGUUGCGCACGGCGUUUUCUCCGGCUCCCUGAACAUCUUGCUGAAGUUCCUCAUCAGUAAUUAUCAAUUCAACUUCCUGACGCUCAUCCAGCUCCUGACCAGCAGCACCGCGGCGCUCACUCUGGAGAUCCUCCGGCGGCUGGGGAAGGUCAAGGUCCCGCCGUUCAGCGUGGAGCUAUCCAAGGAGUUUGGCCCGGUGUGUAUCCUCUCCACGCUGCAGUCCACGCUCACUCUUUGGUCUCUGCGCGGCCUCAGCUUGCCCAUGUACGUCGUGUUCAAGCGCUGCCUGCCGCUCUUCACGCUCAGCAUCGGCGUGUGCGUGCUGAGGAACGGCGUGCCGUCUAUCGGCGUGGUGAUCGCCGUGAUCAUCACCACCAGUGGAGCUGCACUGGCUGGUGCUGGUGAUCUCACCGGUGACCCCUUCGGUUACGUCACUGGCGUGCUGGCGGUCAUCAUCCACGCCUCCUACCUGGUCCUGAUCCAGAAGACCAGUCUGGACAGCGAGUACGGGCCGCUCACAGCGCAGUACGCCAUCGCCAUCAUGGCCUCACCGGUGCUCCUGGUGUGCUCCCUCAUCUCCUUGGACACCAUCAACAUGUGGUCGUACGAGGGCUGGAAGGACCCCCACAUCACGGUCAUCUUCUUCUUCUGCGUCUUCAUCGGCUGCGCCAUGAACUUCACCACGCUGCACUGCACCUACAUCAACUCCGCGGUCACCACCAGCUUCGUUGGUGUGGUCAAGAGCAUCGCCACCAUCACCGUCGGGAUGCUGGCGUUCACUGACGUCGCACCGACGAGGCUGUUCAUCGGCGGAGUGGUGGUCAACACCGUCGGCUCCAUCACCUACUGCGUGGUCAAAUAUUUUGAGACGAGGAAGAAGAGCUUGUACGAGGAUCUGGAGGAGGCUGGGAAAGAUGGAGCCCUGCCUGGCGAGCCUCACAGAGAGAAACCGCCUCUGAAUGGCGACGGGCCUGCCGCCAGUGCCGGAUCUAAUCCAGGACACCCAGAGAUAGAGGGUGUGUUGAGCAGUGACAGGAAGGAGGAGGUAGCGCCAGCUGGCUUGGCUAACGGAGAGGUGUGGACAGGAGCUGGUGCACAAGGAGACGGAGAAGCAGGCGCGAAUUCCCGCGUCAUGACGGAAACGGAGGUGCUGGAGAUGCAGAGGGAGCACCUCCACAGGGAGACCCCCACCCCCGGGCAGUCGCUCAGUGACAGCUACGUCGGGGUGUGGAGGUCCAUCAGACAUCUGCAGUUCACGAAGAAAGACCCUUUGAUUGAUAACAUGGAGCAGCAGAGUCCGUAAGGGCAGGACAGAGACCUGGACUGACUCUAGAAAAGAAAAUUGGGAAUGAAAUAGAGAAUAAAAAAAGUCUUGAACAUACUGCAGAAACCAGAGAAGAAGAAAAAGAGACUAAAUACAAUGACUAAAGCUCAGUGUCCACCGGGAACUUCUUUUAUUAGCGUUAGCAGUGCUGAAGAAAUGCUUGUUGGAAACAUGUUUGCUGCUGUUGCUGUGAUACCUCGAUGAAAGCUGUAGUGUUUGUGCUAAAGGUUCAAUUUCAGGCUCUCGCUUUUGUUAAAAGCAGGAAACAGAAAGUAAUUUUCUUUGUUUAUAAUGAGAAUUAAAAAGAGGUUCCUGGUGGAAAAAGUGGAUGAAGAGUUUUGGGAGAAGCUGACAGUCAGAGAUAAAGUCUCCCCCAGCUCUGCGGCGUCCGGCGGGGACCAGGCUGGCCGCCGUGUAGCAUGAUUUGGUGUGCGUCCCCUCGGAUUAGCCAGCUAUCCAAACUAAAGCAGUUCUCGUAGAAAAAGAGUGCAUCUUGUGCAAACAUCCAACCAGGGAACAAACAGCAGCAGACGCCUGAAGGUUUCUGUUUUGUUAUUUGAACAUCUGGAGGGGUUCUUGUUUCUGAUUGGCUGGAGGCUCUGAAUUAAAACCUUUAAUGCACAUGUGGAUCAGAUUACGUUUAUAAAAGCAUGCGCUGGUCACAAAAUGCGAACGGCUAUGUUUGUUUGUUUGUUUGUUUGUUUGUUUGUUUGAGUCUGAAAAUGAGUUUGUCUCCCUGUCACCCUGCAGGUCCACCGUCACAGCUGUUAACUGUUGGUUUACUUUGUGUCUGCUUAACUUCAGGGACAGACAACUGUCAGCGCCUGCUUUGAUGCAUGCAGGGAAAUGGAGUGAAAGAAAAUAUAAAAUGUGGUGUCAUGUUGGGCUUCAAUGUAUGUUCUGCUCAUACCUUCGUAAGGUAUUUAAUCUUUCUUGCUUCAUUCUCACACAGAAUGAACACACACAUUUGCACAGCUAACGAGGUGGUGCAUUCUUAUUAUCACAUUUGCGUAGCUUAGCAUAAAGACUGGAAGCAAACAGCUAGCUUGAUGCACAACAUAGAUUGAGCUCACUAACUGCCACUGAACAUUUUUGUUAUUGUUGAUGAAUCGUUUGGACCCUUUUAGUGUCGACGUCAUGAUUACGUCCCGGUGUUAGCUGGAGGUGAAACAAAGGAAACAUGAAUCUCCUUUAGAGUCGUUGGUCACUGUGAUAAGAUGCAAGAAUUAUACUGAGACGAUCAUCAGAAAUCUUCAUAUCAGAUAAGUUUAAAUGUAUAGAUAUGUGCUGAAAGUGUUGCCCACCUAAUUAUAAAUUGGGGAAAUAGGAGGAAUAAUGUUCAGGUAACUCCAGUAGCUGACAACUAGUGAAGUUAAAGCUGCAUGUUUACAACAGAGACUCGUAUCGUCUUCAGCCAUUGUUAAAAAAACAAGCCAACAAAACCUGCUAGCCAGCGUUAGCUAACAUGUUCUCCACCUACGCUCCACCCACAAACAGAAAGGGGUUGUAUAAAAGUGAAGUGUCCAUCACAGUUUAAGUUAAGUGAAGUUGUAAUGUUUUGUGCAACAAAAAGUCAGUAAAAAAUAUUCAGUUUGCUUUUACAUAAAAUAGAAAAGCAGCAAAUCCUCCAAUAAAAAGUGGAGAAUAUUUCUCUCUUUUGGAUCAGAAUCUGCAUCGAAUAACUUGGAUUCUCACCAAAAAUGUGAACUUUCCACCAAAUUGAAUUGAAUAUUUGGAGGUUUUAAGAUGUUCUGCAGAGACAGAACAUACAAGAUCUGUUUCCAGUUUAAUGCAAACCUGUAAUGUUCAUGUAGCUGAGCAUUGCUACAGCAUCACAACGUGCAGCUCCAAACAUUCAUCUCAUCUCGAAACACCGUCUCUGUCCACACACAAAGCUACAGGCGUCUUGAAUUGUGUGGAGAGAAAAAGCUGUCAAGUGGUGAGAUUGAUUGGUAUUGAUUUUUGUUCUCACACUCCAAACUUCAUUUAACGGUACGAAGGACCUGAUGUCCCCACGGGCUGCAGCAGACAGGGUGUGGGCUGUUUGCUGCUUUAUCUGUUGUUUUGACCAUCGACGUCUCAUUAAAAAGAUACGUAUAGUUGUUAAAGCAUGACGUGUGACUUGUUUGGUGUUGCAGGUAUGUGUUUGGGUGAUAAUGAGUCAGUGGGCACCACCAUGAUGAACUGUUGAUGUGUAAUGUUUUGCUGUAACUGUCCAGGUUCUCGAGGCAAGAUGCCAAACGUGCAUGAAUGUAUUUUAAAUGUUUUGUUUCUUUCCACCAAAUCUGAAUUAGGUUGAAUGUGGACACACAUUGAAAUGAACCAAAACAACUAAAUCAAGUACACAUUAUUGUUUCUUACGAGGCAGCUGACAUUAAAGCGUCUUCAUGUUUCUCAAGUUCCCCCUUUAAUGCAUUUAUUCUGCAGAUUGUAGGCCCACCUUUCUCCACUAAUCGAUCAGUUCAUUGUCAAACCGGCCACAUCAUUUGUUCAAUCUAACUAAACAACGCAAGAAAAUUAGGAUUUAGCUUCAUUUUACACUUCUAUAACUUCCCAAUAAUUUCAUUUGACGUUUCCUCGAAAUAACCAAUUAUAGAGGAAAUGAAGAUACUCGAGUGUACACUUCCAAUUAAUACAUUCCAAUUAAUUAUUUAAUGAAUUGCUGCCAUAACCUCUUUCUUUCUGUUUCAAUCGGUGCACAGCAGGUCGUCUGAGCAUGCAGAAACCUAUCAUUGAUCCAAAAAUGAGCAUACAGCUUCAAAUAAUCUGAGAAAAAUGGGGUUCAAUAUAAUUUAUAUUUCCCCUAUAUUUUAUAUAAUUAUUACGAAUUGCGCAGUUUUUUCAGGAAUAUUCCUAGAAAACUAUUAUGAGAAUUCUGUAUGCAGAAGAAGUUCAUUGCAGUUAAAUGCAGAACGUGAAUGUUUUUCUUUCUGUCGUGUUAUGUUCUAAAUAACAGAGUGCAAAGCAAAUACGUUAUUUGGAAAGCAGUUAUCAACUGUGAUGGACACAAGCAGCAUGUUGGAAGACUGACAAGUAAAUAAACAUUCUGGUGCCAAGUAACUUUGUGAAAAGAGCAGACGAAACGUGUUCUGCAUGAAAAAUGAUUUUUCUCUCUUUCUGCGAGAAGUUUUCAUGUUUUUGUUCGACCAAAAUAAAGCUGAAAAAUAAAGCUCAUUUAAAAAAAUGUUUCCAGGUUGUAUAGAAAAAAAAGCUUAAUAUCUGAGAGAUGGCAGUUUUUUUUAGCAAACGUUUUGUUUUGUGGUGAAGCUAACAAUAUGACAACAUGGUCUCCUUCAGUAGUUUGAUCUCUAAACUCGUUGACUCACGAAGAGACUUGGACUCAACGUCCAGCAAAUAUAUUUUCAAAGAGACUCAUGUGGCCCAAACUUUCACCUCCUCAUCGUGUCGUUAUCAAAGUUUGAAAACUUUAUUUAGUCCUUAUAUUCCAACAGCUAAAGCUUUGAACCUUGUAGCAAUUUGGAGAAAUUAAUAAAAGGAAAUCUUUGCUGUAACAUAACAUGUUUAAAGAAGUUGAUUUAAAGUUUACACUUUUAACACAAUGUGUGCUUGUUUCUAUGAUGGUUAGCUGCAUUGACAAUUUAUUCCUAAAGGCUGAUGCAUGCCUAUGUAAAGUUAGCUCUAGCUAUUAGCUAACACUAAAGCUGUGGUAAAACUAAUGUCUGUUUUGGAUCGUUAACAUUUAUGUGAAACAAAAACCAAGAGGAAAGGUGACAAGAUAAAUGUAACAUGAAUUAACUGUUAAUAUGUUUGGAACAGCUCAUCACAUUUAAAGUCCGUUUGGAGUGACAGUGAAACCUGCGGGGAUGCUAACGUGCUAACGUGCUAAUGUGUAAAAGACAAAAGUUCAAUGUAUCCUGUUGACCUGUCAGUCAUAUUGAUGGCUUGUUAUUGACACGACGGGGUUCAGCGAGAGCAGCUCACUUGGCCCGCACACACACAUACAUGUGUACCAUACUUGUGAGGACCUAGUCUGAACACAGCCAGUGCACUUUGCACUAGAAAGUAAUAUGGACAAUUAAUCAAAUUAGACAAUGUAUGUUAAUGCUUUUAGAGAUGACUGAAUUCAGAAUUCACCUCCGUAUUGAUGAAAGGUUGUCUAGUGAGAACCAGCCCGACACGGCGUUAUUACAUUUCUGGAGUUUGAGCUGCUAAAAGUUUGAAAAUCUGGCUCGUGAAUCUGUAAACUGAUCAGAGCGCAAAUAAACAAGCCACCAUGACCACAGUCAAUAUGUCUGCAGAACCUGUUGCUCAAUAACUGAGAUAAAUGUUAUAUUCUAAAAAACUGUGUCUUGUGUUUUGGGAUUAAAUAAGAUCGAAUUUCACACAGAUCAACUUUAGCUGUUAGAGGUUCAACUGCCGACCGUGAUUAACCCAAAUAUGUAAUUAUUUAUAUAUAAUGUAAUUUUUUGUUAAAUGAGGCAUCAGACAGACAUGUCCUUACUUUUACAACGUACAAGACUACACUCACGCACACACACACACACGCACACGCACAGACAUAUGGUGGAUAUUGAAUUACUUCCCGUGGUGUUUUGAGAAACUUGGACUGGAACACAAGCUAAGAAACAAUAAUUCCCAGGUUGUGUUUUAUUUUUGUUGUUUUUAUUUAUUUGCACGUAAAGUUAUUGGCCGUGUUCUGAGUCUGUAUUGUUCCUGAGAAGAAGAAAAAAAGUGUCUGGUGAAGUGAAAGGACCAUCUGCUGUUCAAUUUGCAUGUUAAGUGCAAAGUAAUUUCUUUUUUUUAUAUAAAGAAACCUCUCAGUGGGA